AUGCGACACACGCUGUACACCACAAACUUUACUUGCAGCUACUCUGAGGUCGACUUCUUCCCAUCAAGUCGGGACAUCAUGAGCGUGUCCCAGACAUUGGAGACCGAGGAGGACUUUCUCACUUGUCUCCAGAUCAAGCUGUUUCACCCACAGCAACGCUCAGGUGGGAUGUUCGGCCUCCUCCCGUUGGGCAGAAGACUCAAGCAGGACGCAGACGACCCUCUCCGGUUGGGACGAGACGGCAUGUCCUGUGCUUUGGCCCUCGUGGAUCUCAAGGCGUCUCGCAAGCAGCUGUCUCUCCAAGCGUACCACACUCCCCAGAAGCAAGACAUGUACUUUUCCAUCCAGAACCUGAGCAAGAAGGGCCGCUUGAUUGUGAAUGGAGUCGCCCUGGAAUAUUUGGAGAAGUUGGAUCUGCCGGAUAAGGCCUUGGUCCGGUUUGGAGAGUACGAGAUGCUGCUUGUGAGGGAGGCUGGCGAAGCUAAGGGCAGUUUUGAGGUCGAACUAAAUGUGUUGGAUCGGUCUCCUUUUACAGAGACGUGUGUGUGUAUCCCAGUGAAAACCCCAGUUCUGGAUACUUGUUCAGGAUAUAUGGAUGGUCUCUGCUCCCAUGAGCCUUUGGAGUUAGAUGAGACAAUGUCAUAUAAAAUUUAG